AUGGAAGAGAGCCCAGCCUGGGACCCUGAGCCCUGGCGCUCCUCUGGGAGGUGGCCCGCACCCCGGGAGGCCCGAGCAGGCCAGUCCCUGUCCUCUGUGCUGAACGAGCUCCCCAGUGCUGCGACCCUUCGGUAUCGAGGCCCCGGGGUGCUGCCCUGGGGAGCCCUCCAGGAGGAGGAGGAGGCGCCGUGCGGCUCCCAGGCCUUCGCUGAAGCUGCCCCGAAGGAACUGCAGGACCACCCUUCCCGGGAGCUGCCCUGGCCCAUGCAGGCCCGGCGUGCACACAGGCAGAGAUACACCAGGGACCAAGAGGCUCGAGUCGCGGGGUCCAAGGCGACCCACUGGGCCCGGCUGCUUCGGCGGUCCAAGCAGCAGCUUCGGGAAGGCCUGCAGACCCUGAAGCCCUGGGCGUGGACGCUGAACAAGAUCGGGGGCCAGUAUGGCGCCGGCACCGAGUCCUACUUCUUGCUGUUGCGCUUCCUGCUGCUUCUCAAUGUGCUGGCCUCAGUGCUCAAGGUGUGCCUGACGCUGCUGCCCACCUGGCUGGGAGAGGCUCCUCCCGGGCCCCCCGGAAACAACGCCACCGAGUGCGGCACCUACAACCCCACCCACCAGGGCCUGGCCACCUUCUCCAGCCAGCUCUUCAACUUGCUCUCGGGAGAUGGCUACCUGGAGUGGUCCCCUCUCUUCUACGGGUUCUACCCGCGCCGCAGCCCCCUGGCGGUCACCUACCUGUGCUCUGCCUUCGCCAUUGGCCUCCUGUGCCUGCUGCUCAUCCUGCAUCGCUCCGCGUCGGGGCUGAAGCAGACAUUGUUGGCUGAGUCAGGGGCCCUGACCAGCUACAGCCACCGGGUGUUCUCUGCCUGGGACUUCGGCCUCUGCAAAGAUGAGCAUGUGCAGCUGCGCCGCCGCAACAUCAAAUAUGAGCUGCAGGUGGAACUGGAGGAAGCGAAGCUGCAGCAAGAGGCCACGGCACGGGGCCUGGCUCAGCAGGCCAGGGUGUGGGCAGUGAGGGUGCUGAUCAACCUGCUGGUGGCCGCACUUCUGGGGGCGGCCUUCUAUGGAGUCUACUGGGCUGUGGGGUACAAGGACGAGCUAAAGGAGGCACCCACCGUCACGGAGACGCCGCUGCUCAAGCUGGGGGUGGAGUUCAUCCCGUCCUUCUUCAUCUCCGGGGUCAACUUCGUGCUGCCACCUGUCUUCAAGCUCCUUGCCCCGCUAGAGGGCUACACCAGGAGCCGCCAGAUCGCUUUUCUCCUGCUAAGGACGGUGUGUCUCCGGCUGGCCUCCCUGAUGUUCUUGCUCUUCUCUCUCUGGGAUCAGAUCACUUGUGGGGGCAAAGCUGAGGAUGAGCAGUGCAAAGCCUGUGGCUAUGACUACGAAAACUUUCCGUGCUGGGAGACCCGACUGGGGAAAGAGAUGUACAAACUUAUGCUCUUUGACCUGCUGACUGGACUCGCGGUCCCGUUACUCGUCCAGUUUCCGCGGAAGUUGUGUGGGGACCUCUGCCCGGGGGCCCUGGGACGUAUGCUGGGGACCCUGGAGUUCCAGGUGGUCGACGAGGUGCUGGGGCUCAUCUAUGCACAGACUGUGGUCUGGGUGGGGAGUUUUUUCUGCCCUCUGCUGCCCCUACUCAACACGGCCAAGUUCCUGCUGCUUUUCUAUCUGAAGACGUUCACGCUCUUCUCCACCUGCUCCCCGGCCUCGCGCACCUUCCGGGCUUCCACUGCGAAUUUCUUCUUCCCUCUGGUCCUCCUCCUGGGCCUGGCCCUCUCCGCUGUUGCUGUACUUUACAGCAUCUUUCUGAUUCCACCUUCCAAGCUGUGUGGGCCAUUCCGGGGAGAGCCAUCCAUCUGGGCCCAGAUCCCUCAAUCUAUUUAUGGCCUCCCUGAGUCUGCCCAGGACUUCCUCUUCUUCCUGGGCACCCAGGCUUUUGCUGUGCCCCUCCUGCUGAUCUCCAGCAUCCUGAUGGUGUACACGCUGGCGCUGGCGAACUCCUACGGGCGCGUCGUCUCUGAACUCAAACGGCAGAUAGAGACGGAGGCCCAGAAUAAAGUCUUCCUGGCGCAGCGCGCGGUGGCGCUGAGCUCCGCCCCGGCGCCUCGCUGACCGCCCAGAGCGGCGGGGAUGAGGUCCCGGGCCGACUGCUCCAUCAAACGCGAGGGCCGGAGAAGAGCCGCGCCUUGGCACCGGCGACUCGGAGGGGCCCGGGCCCAGCAGCCCGCGCGCGUCCCGCUGCCCGCGAAGCUCCUCCCAGAGUCAAUAAACAC